AAAUGGACCAAUUUUGACAAGAUAUAGUGCUGCAGCGUGCCUGAUGGGAUAUAUUCAGUCAUGGCAUCCGAACUUUGUAAGACGAUCUCUGUGGCAAGGCUAGAAAAGCACAAGAAUUUGUUCUUAAAUUAUAGGAAUCUGCACCAUUUUCCUUUGGAGUUACUGAAAGAUGAGGGACUGCAGUACUUGGAGAGACUCUAUAUGAAAAGGAACUCCCUGACAUCCUUGCCAGAAAACCUUGCUCAGAAGCUUCCAAACCUUGUGGAACUGUGGAACUUGAAUUGAGGCAAGUAUUUUGUUGAAAAAAAUUUUUUUAAUCGGUUCUCUAUUUUGAUUUAGGUAUUCCUUCCUAAAAUUAAUGUUUAAAGACUAUUGAUUUCAUAUACAGAAAGCAAGGAAUGAAAUGUAUCAUAGAGUAAAUGGUGGGCUUAUUUAAAUUGUGUUAUACCCAGCAGGUUAGUUAACCUUCUACAAACUUGAUUUAAUUCAACAUAAAAUAAUCUUCAUAAAAUUAUCAAUUUUCUGUCUUAUUUUGUGUUUAUUGACAUUUUAAUAUUCAAUAUUAGACUUUAAGAAUGCAGAAGAAAACUUCUAAAUUCUAUUUAAAAGUACUUUAUAAAUUUUUUGUUUGUUUGUUUGUUUGUUUUUGUUUUUGAGACGGAGUCUCACUCUGUUGCCCAGGCUGGAGUGCAGUGACACAAUCGCGGCUCACUGCAACCUCCGCCUCCCAGGUUCAAGCAGUUCUCCUGCCUCAGUCUCCCAAGUAGCUGGGACUACAGAUGCACGCCACCACGCCUGGCUAAUUUUUUUGUAUUUUAGUAGAGAUGGGGUUUCACCUUGUUGCUCAGGCUGGUCGCGAACUCCUGAGGUCAGGCAAUCCGCCUUCCUUGCCUCCCAAAGUGCUGGGAUUACAGGCGUGAGCCACCGUGCCCGGCCAUAAAGAUUUAUUUUUAAAGUACAAUAAAUAAAACCAUAGGCUUGAAAAUAAAGUUUACUAAAAUCUUGUUCUCUUGUCUCUAAAUCAAUGAUAUAAAUUUAUUUUCUUAAAUUAUUGUUGUGUGAUCUCCAGCAUUCACUUGUUUUGCUCUGAAUAGUUGGUUACUGAUUGCAGGAAGUCUCCACCAGAGUGUGCUAAAGACACUGUAGUGGGAAAAUUGUUACUUAGGCUUGCCUAGACUUCUCAGCCUCUGUGAAAAAGAAAAUUUUUUAAGAGAAGCAUUUGAUUUCUUGUUACAAAAUUUCUUUUGCCAUGAAAUAAAUUCUGUACCUCGACAGUUGAGUAUUUCUACAGACACUGUAAAUGAUGAGUAUUUAAUCUGUUGUUGGUUGUCCGUAUGCAUGCUAGCUAGAAAUACCUUUAUUUUGUGAAGUUAUUUUUUAGAAACGAGAAGUUCAUCUUCCUUUACACAAUAGGUGUUGAUUUUUCUUCACACAAUACCUGCACUCAAAUAACAUAGUUGUGGUUCCGGAAGCCAUUGGGUCUCUUGUAAAACUCCAGUGUCUGGAUCUUAGUGACAAUGCCUUAGAAAUUGUUUGCCCAGAAAUUGGUCGUCUGAGAGCUUUACGUCAUCUUCGAUUAGCUAAUAACCAACUGCAAUUCCUACCUCCAGAGGUUGGCGAUUUGAAGGAGCUGCAGACACUAGACAUUUCUACCAAUCGUUUGCUAACUUUACCCGAGAGGCUUCACAUGUGCCUUUCUCUGCAGUACCUCACUGUGGACCGAAAUCGUCUAUGGUAUGUGCCGCGCCAUCUCUGCCAGCUGCCCAGCCUCAAUGAGCUCUCCAUGGCUGGAAACCGUCUUGCAUUUUUGCCACUUGAUUUAGGUCGAUCUCGAGAACUACAAUAUGUAUAUGUGGAUAACAACAUUCACCUGAAAGGCUUGCCAUCUUAUCUGUACAAUAAAGUCAUCGGGUGCAGUGGCUGUGGUGCUCCCAUUCAAGUUUCCGAGGUGAAGCUGCUUUCCUUUUCAUCAGGGCAGCGAACCGUUUUCCUCCCAGCUGAGGUGAAGGCCAUAGGGACGGAGCAUGAUCACGUCCUCCCUCUGCAGGAAUUGGCCAUGAGAAGGCUGUAUCAUACCUACCACAGCUUGCUGAAAGAUUUGAACUUUCUGUCUCCAAUCUCAUUACCCAGAAGUCUCCUAGAGCUGCUGCACUGCCCUCUGGGGCACUGUCAUCGGUGUAGUGAGCCUAUGUUUACCAUCGUCUACCCCAAGCUCUUCCCCUUGAGAGAGACGCCAAUGGCAGGGCUGCACCAGUGGAAGACCACUGUUAGUUUUGUGGCUUACUGCUGCUCCACCCAGUGUCUGCAGACUUUUGACCUGCUGAGUUGAUAAACACUCAAGAACCUCAGGAGCGCUGCCAGCUUGACACUGGGGAAUCCAGCCAGUCCAGCACACUCUUCCAUCCUGUCCUGUCCAAUGCGGGGGCACUGCAGAACUCUCUGGAAAUGUCAUGAUUGAGCUUCAGAGCUAAAAUGCCUUCACCCUUCCCCCAAGUUGGAAUAUAUCCUCCCCCAAAUUAAGGACCCAUUUGUCUUCUGUGUUUUUCCUUUUUAUGUGAGUGUGUCUUUUACAGAAACAAUUUAGAUUGAUGGGCCUCCCCAAAUCUAAUUUAAAGCAAGUUUCAGGUCCUUGGAGAACAGUGACUUGAUCAUCUAGCCAGAUUCCCUUUUGAACACACAUACCAUCAGUGAUGCUUCCUCUCCUCUCCCUUGCUUUCCCCAGAGAGUUAUUUCCCUGAGACCAUGUUCUCCACAGUGUCUCCAGUGGAAACUUGUCAGUUUUUGAGGAGUUUCAGCAAACCUUGUGGCCUCAAUGGUCUUGAGUAGCAGGGUGGGGCGCCUGAGUUGGCGGCAAAGUGAGGCUCCCAUGGAGGCUCAGUGAGGGUCCCAGAGCACACACCCUCUGGAAAGUUCCAGCCUUGUUUAUACGUUCUACAAUGUAGCAACAGACUUUUGUGAGGGAUUUUAAAAACAAAAAUGUAGAUUGUAAUGAAAUACACUUCUUGUUUUUUAAAAGUGUUUGCAGAAAAAUGAUUUUUGAAGUUUUUAAAUUUCCUGAUAAGAUUUUUUUAUAUGAGAAGAAUUUGAGGAAUAUUUGAAGCUUUACAAGAUCUGAUUUUUUUCUUUCUUAAUAUAAACAGUUUCCACACAAUGAGAAAGGGGGAGAAAACACACAUUGAAAUAAGACCUCCGUGUUCUUUUUUGAUGGGUUUAUGAUUCAGUUUAUACUGACUUUGAAAUAUUUUUGUCACAUAUGAAAGACAGGCUUCAGCUACUUCCACUACUGGUUUUUAACAGGAUGAUUCAAAGUACAGCCCGUGCACAUUUACUUAGUCACCUGGUGCACCACACUGUCUUCAUGUUGACCCUCGUUUCUUGUAUACUUAGCUUACUGCCCAGAUGCAACUGAGAAAAUACAGGAAAAGCAGGUCCAAAUUCAGCCUUCGACUUCUGCAAAAGUCCAUAAACAGGAAGUCUGUGAGCCUCCACCCUGCCAGAAAGAACUCUUCAUGAAGGAGUCACGUAUUUGCUCUUCCUUUCAAAGGAUGGCAUUUUAAUGUUGCUUUGCUGCCAGAUGUUCAUCUGCUUGCUGUGAAGUGAUUCUUUUUUUAAAAUGUUUUUUAAUGAUGUAAGUUUUCUAAAAGGCAGGGCUGAAUGGAGAACCAAGAAUUUGCUUGGUAGAAAAAUUAUUUUUUUAAAAUUUCAGACUUAUCAAAAAUUUGGUUGAGGGAAUUUUUAUUAGCUGCCCUGACUUUAUAAUGCUACGCUCUUAACAGUGCCAAAAAUCCUACAUAGUUACUGACAAAUGUGUGAUCUUUUUACAGUCACACCACCUGCUGCCCGGAAAGCACACCAUCCACGUAGAAUGGAGAAGGCAGAAAGUUACCGUGUGUUCCCACUGUAUCUGCACUGUUCUUACUUCCUCUUGUCCCUUUUCAUAUCUUGGUCUAUUCAGCCUUAACAUUUCAAAGGCUUAUAGUAAAAUAGGAACUGAAGAUCUGUAUCAAAAUGUAACACUUUCAUCCUUUGGAAUAAUUGAAGUUUAACAUAACCUCUACAUGUAUAUAAGUUAGCUGGUGAAAAUGUGGCAUGAAACUUCAGAAUUGUGCUUCAGGCCUAAGUGACUGCUACCUAUCAUUUAAGUGACAGUAAAUGUCUUGCUACAUUUUUCUAUUUCAUCCUCUACAAUCAUAUGUCAUGGAAUGGAGCUAUGAAAUGUGCUAACUUGGUAUUCAGGAUUCUCAUUGUGAUAAGGUAAUACAUUAGUUUUACCUUGUUUGAAAUUUUACAAAAAUGCUUACAAUUCAGGCGUUCUUUCUGUACCUAUUAUGAACUACGGUGUGUUAAACAACAGCAGUGGGCUGGGCAGACAACCUUUGGGCAGUCUCAACCUUAAUCCUUGGGUACAGCACCUGAACUUAAUUGAUGAGAAGUGGAACUUAAAUGGUUUCCCUGGUGCUGUUCAUUAUGGAAAUUUUAUGCUGGAUUUAUCGAUGUCAUUCUUAAUCUUUUGAUACUAUAAAGGAGUGUUACCAACUGGAGAAAA